UGGGCCUAAACACGUCUCGCCUCGCCUCAACACCUCACCCAGAUUAACACUGGUGUGCCCUCAGUCGACAUGCUCUCGUGCUGCUUUAAGAUUUUAUUAGACGAGGUCUGAUAUGUGUUGACCUCACAGGGUAAUUUCAACUGUAGAAUCAUGGGAAGGUGGCGACAGAAGUAAACCAAAAAGACGGGCCAUGAGGAGGUUUUUCCGGGCGCAGAGGGAUGAAGACUUUGGUCGGAUCCAUUACCUGACAGCCAAGUGUACGCAUUUGGCUCGAGACAAAGCUGUGUUAGACAGGGAGGUCCUGUUGUCCAGGGAAAGGGAAAAGAAGCUGCAAGGAGACUUUCAAGCUGUGGCUGCUCAACUUUUCAACCUGGAGAAGACCAAUGUGGAGCUGAGGAGGACACAGGACCGGCUUCUUAGCACCAUCCACCAGCAGCAGGAGUUGGUGGAGUUGCUCCAGCAGCGUGUGAUCAUCCUGGCAGGGGAGAGCGAGCGCGACACACAGCUGCUGCGUCAAAUGUGCUCGGAGCUGCUGUGCCUGCAAAGCUCCGAGAUGUGGUUGGAGGGCCUGGUGGAAGAGCUGCAGGCCGAAGCCCAGAUGCAACGCAGCAGGGAGGCCGACAGCCUUCGGGCGGAGCUGCACACCGAGGCCCACUGUGGUGACGCAGUAAAGGAGGGCCUUCGUGCGGAGCUGCAAAUUAAGACGGAGGAGUUGGAGAAGCUUCGUGAUGCCAACAAGAUGCUGACGGAGGAGUUGAUGGAUUUGCGUUUUGUUCAUGAGGAACAGGUGAGAGCUUUGCGAGGGGAGAAUGACAGUGGUUCGAGGAAGCUCCAGGAAACACUGCAGCAGUUUGAAAGGCUGUGUCAGCAACAGCGCUACUGGAUGGUGUGCGUCAAAAGCUUUAAAAACAGCUUUUUGGAGGAGAGAGAAGGUCUGCUUCAGAAGGUUCGCACUUUGGAAAGUUCGGCGAAACAGUUCAAGACGUCAUGCGAUCAUGUUUCCCAGCAAACGCAACGCUGCCACCUACAGUAUGACAGCUGCUGUAACAGAUGCGAUCUGUCGUCAUGGGACACUGAUUAGGAGAUGAAGAUCAACAAUGAGGAGUGUCCACAACAGGCGGGGAGUACUAUCCAUCAGAUACCAAAAACCUCCUUGAAGAUUAAAAAGUCUGCAGCCGGGAUGUGCAAACCACAGUGUGGAAUACAGUGGAAGCGAAAGGUGAACAAAAGUGCUGGUUUGGAGUUUACUCACAGUUUUGUGGUAAAAAGCAUCCUCAAAAUUCAAAUAAAAUGAUCAUAUUAUGGCAUUAGCAAAUCAACAA